AUGGACGCCGUUGGGGAGAUAUGGGAUUCAGUGCUAGGAGACCCUGACCUCGACCUUUUCGGCUGGGAUCUGUCGAGAGCGCCGAAUGACAAUUACUUUAUGUUGGAUUCCUUGGAUUCUGAAGUUGUCGCCGACGACGUGCCCCAAGAUUCGGGUGACACUGCCGCUCUCGAUGCCUGUAUCCUAUCUUUCAAACAACACGAUCUUCCCUGCCUCCCUUGCAUACCAGCCCGCCAGCAGAAUCAUCCUAGAGAGAUCCAGUAUUCCAUGGCUGCUCUGGGAGCUCUGCACGUCGACCAGUACAAGUGUCUAGCACGGAUCUUCCACGACAAGGCGGUGCGAGCCCUCGAAACAUCGGCUCCUCACCUGUCACGGCUUCAAAGUCAGCUUCUAUCGAUCGAGUUUGCCGUCUGGUCUCGCGACGAGGACAGACGCCGUUGGGCGAUAUGCGAGAUCAGCAAAGCAGCAUUUGUGAGUUCACAAAUCGCCCUUGCCGAGUUCCCAAUCUACAAAAUCGCGCCGGAUCUCCCCGAGUACGACAUUCUCGAGGACAGAGAAGAAUGGUUCCAGAAGGAGACGUACAAAAGGACGAUUUUCGGCCUUUACGUGACAUGUACACUUGCGUCCAACUUUGUUGACAUCAAUGUUCCCAUCUCAAGUCAACAUGUCCGUCUCCCGCUGCCCUGUGACGCUGACGUGUGGGAGGCUUCAUCUGAAGAGGAAUGGGAAGAUGCUGUCAGGAAGAAGCCGCCCGAAGCGAACUUCCAGGAAGCGAUCCACACCCUCCUCAAGGCGGACGUCUGGCACGAUUGCGGGCUUGAAACGGCCAGCACUUUUAGCCAGUGUAUCUGCCUGUGUGGCUUUCUAGAAACCAUGUGGCUAGAAAGACGACUCCCCACCAACUAUGUCACGGCUCGGGGCUGGCACAACCAGAACAUGAACGCUUUCAGCCGCCAGCGAAACAUCUUGCAGGCCCUCGACAUGUGCCGGAGCCUUUGGUGGACGAGUACCGGAGUUGCUUACCUGUUCGUCAGUCUGAAUGAUGGCGAGGUGCGACGAGCCGAGAACCCGCAAAACUAUCACGCCGCUCUUCAAGCAGCCGCGGAGGUGUUUGCCAGUUGUUCAAAAGCAGACUUUCUCAACGUGUCCAAGACUUGUCGCGCGACCAUCAGCCGUCCAGGCCGGCACUGCGCUGUACACUGUGCCAGGUUGUUGCGCAAGUGGGCCGACCAUAUCGACACCAGCGGUCCGCAGCAGAUACUUGAACGUGAGGACAGUAUGAUCCAACUGCAAGUCUGCCAAGCCGUCAAACGUGGGCGUAGACAGGGCAUCAUGGUCGACUCGAACCCCGACAAAUUGACUCCGGCCGUGAUUCAUAUGUGGAGCAUGAUGCUUGGUGGUGAAGACUGGAUUUAA